UGUAAACCUUGUAAAUUAUGACGGAAGUUCAGUAUAAAGCUGAAUUAGUUAAUGGUAAACCUGUGUUAUACCAUAGAAUUACACCUCAAGGUGGAUGGGACGACAUUACACACACUAGACACAACUUGGAUGAACUAGAACUCUACGACUUGAAUCUCAAGUUAACUAAUGUAAAAGAGUGUGAAACGGAGUUAUCUGGUCUUAUUUUCAGGAUAUUUUUGAAUUUCAUGUGUUACCACUUGAAACUGGGUGACAAGUUAUUGUGGACUUAUUACGCAGAUCCUCAUCAUGACUUACCAAUCCAAAUCCUAUUCAAUCUCAAGAGAAACACUAUGAAAUUAGUGUUUAAUGGUAACAAGACGAAGAAUUUGAGUAUGGUGGGAUAUUCUAAUGACUGGGUGGAGCCUGGGAAACUACUUACCAGAUUCAAGACUAGGAGAACAAUAACAGAUGGUGAAACUGAAGUAACUAUGUUUGGUGAGGAGGAUCCGUGUGUAGAAUUAGAAAGAAAUAAUAAAAUUGUAUGGAAAUAUGAGGAGGGAGCACAACUCCCAGUGUCAUUAAUUAAGAAAAAUGGUGAACUUAUGCUUGUUUUUCCUCCUCCACGUAUCUGCGACAUUAUCCGCUACGCACUCAAAGCAUCAAAAAUAUUCAUACUACCACAUUAA